AUCAAGAAAAAAAGUCCGCUUAGUAGUAGCUACUAGCCAGUAGCCAGUAGUUUUUUCUGGUUGGUGACUGUUACAUAUAACACAAUCUUUGUAAACAAUAUUUAAUUAACUUUAUAGAUUAAUAGUUAAUAAGAUAUUAUUAUCUAUAAUCCAUAACUUUAUAAUAUCGUUAAUUGAAACCACCAAAUUUAAUUUACCAUUGACUAUUAAAUAUUUUAAUAUCAAUGAUAUAAUAAACUUCUUGAUUAUACUAAACAAUGGAGAGCAACCGAGAUGAGGCAUCCCGCUGCAUUGAGUUUGCUAGGUUAUACAUAAAAAAAAAGGAUUUGGAUAAUGCUUGGAAAUUUUCAACUAAAGCUAACAAAAUGUAUCCAACACCUGAAACAAAACGUCUACUCAAAAAAUUAAAAUCAACAAUAAAACACUCGAAGAAACGGUCAAAGAAAAAAUAUCAAUCAGACCAUUCUGAUUCAUCUUAUAAUGGUGAUAAUUCCAAUUCAUCUUCCAGUACUGACUAUAAUACUAAACAACAACAAAAAAAGUCAAAAAAAGGCCACAAAUCAAGUACUACUUAUUCUUAUAAGAUGUUUAAAGAAAUAAAUAAAGAUGAAUCUUUUAAGUGUCUUGAAAAAGCAGAGCAAUAUAUACAAAGCAAACAAUUUGAGUUAGCAGAAAAGUUUAUUCUCAAAUCAAAAAAGCUUUUUUUAAUACCCAGAGCUGAUGAACUCUUAAAACAGCUUCAAGAAAUUAAAGAUACCACUAAGGCUGAUUACACAGAAGAACAGGCAAAUGUUGUUAAAAAAGUGAAAAAUAGUCAAAAUUACUAUACAAUGUUAAACAUUAAUACUACAGCAACUAUUCCUGAAAUAAAAAAAGCAUAUAAGAAAUUAGCUUUGUUGUUACAUCCAGAUAAAAAUCCUGCACCUGGUUCAGGAGAAGUUUUUAUAGAUGUUACUAAUGCUGUUGAUACAUUAUGUGAUUUUUCAAAACGUAAAAUAUAUGACCAAACUUUAAAAAGACCUUCUACUUCUACAUCUACAAACUAUUCUCAAAGUUCCUACCGACAUCAACCUCAUCACCAUACAAGAUUUAGUGGAAAUCAACACCCAUAUAGAUUCUAUCAACCAUAUGAUUCCUCCGACUGUGAUGAUGACUAUUUUACUGAAACCGAGUACUUCAAUAGCUAUGAUUUUUAUGAUUCAUUUGAUUAUUAAUUAAUAAUUUAUAAAAUAAAUAAUUGUAUAUUUUUUUUGUCUUGAAACUUAAUAUUAUUAAUUAUUAUUUAAGUUUAUGGCAAAUUAGUAAAAAAAUGUAAUAUAUUGUUCUAGUUUUUUCAAUUUAUAAAAUAGUAUAAAAAAAAGAUCUAAAUGAAUGUCAAUAACAAUUUAAAUGAUUGCAAAUCAUUUUUUUGUAAACUGAAAUUUUAAAAAUUUGACAAAAAUGAAAAAUUACAAAUAAUUGUAUAUA